AUGUUGACUGUGUGCACGUCAAGCCACAUCAGCCGCGAGCCGAGUCCGGGACCGAGUUUGACGAUUAAAGACCUAAUCCAGAAGAAAAGUAAAGAAACCUCACCUAGAUCACCUCGAAAGGAACCAAAGCGGCUCAGGAAAGAGGCAAAGUCGCCUAAAAGAGCAGAGAAGUCUCCCAGGAAAGCGGUGAAAUCACCGAGACGGGAUUCCAAAUCACCCACAGAGGAAGAUAGGAGUGAAUUGUUGCCAGAAGUCGAAAAGGUUGAGCAAAUUAUGGCCAAGUCGCCAAGAAAAGAUAGCUCUUUUAAGGAAACGACCCCGAGGAGAGAGACCCCCAGAGUGGAACCUAGAAAAGAUUCGGUAAAAGACAAAAUAUUGACGCCGAGGGUGGAGAAGACGGAAAAGGAAAAGGAAAUUUCGCCGAGAAGAGAAGAGAGGAGGAGUGAAAGAGAUAAAAAGGUUUAA